UGCGGCGCUCCAGAGCGGCCGUCCUAGUCGUCGUCCCUGCAGCCGCCGCCCCCGCGAUGAAGGCAGAUUACCACAAAACGGCCGUGAAGCACUUCACAAGGCACAAGGGCGAGAUCAACUGUUGUGUCUUCUCAUCGGACUGUCAGAUUCUGCUCACCUGCUCCGAUGACUGUCGUUUGUUUGUGUGGAGUGUCAUCUCUGGUGAACUCUUGACCAAAGCAUCUGGACACACAGGUCCAGUGAAAACCUGUUGUUUUUCUCCUGACGAUGCCAUCUUUGCCAGUGGCUCUCAUGACUGCACAGUGAGAGUGUGGCGAACAGCAACAGCAGAGUGUCUCCAUUUGCUCCAAGGUCAUCAGAGAGGUGUGGAGACUGUCUGUUUCAGCCCAGAUUCCAAACACAUUCUCUCUGGAGGCUGGGAUAAACGUGCUAUCCUAUGGGACACACAAAAUGGGACAGUUAUUCGAAUAUUUUCUGGACAUCAAGGUGCAAUUCAGAGCAGCUCAUUUUCAGUAAACUCACAGUAUCUGGCAACCGGAUCCUGGGACUAUACAAUUAAAGUGUGGAAUUAUGAAGCGGAAGAGAAAGAAAAAACAUUAAGUGGGCACACAGGCAACGUCAGCUGUGUUUGCUUCUCAACAACAGGCUUGCUGGCAUCUGGGUCCUGGGACCGAACAGUUAGAGUCUGGAAUCCCCACAAAGGAGCCAUCAUAUUCUUAUUAGAGUGUCACACCGGGUGGGUGAGGAGCCUGGCUUUCUCAAGAGAUGGAAUGUUGCUGGCUUCAGCUGGAGAUUAUGACCCGGUAUUUUUAUGGGACAUGGAAAAUGGGAAUUGUCUGAAGACUUUACAGCAGAAGAUGGAUAUGGCACAAGGAUGCAUAUUUUCUCCUCAAGGAGCUCUACUCACCACAGGCAUGGUGGACGAAAUCAGUAAAGCGGACGAUGCUGAGCAGUAGUAGGCCGUCGACCACUCAGACCUGUCCUCACUGAGUCAAGAGAACAUUCGCAGUUGGUGCCUUUUUGUCCCCUGAUAAUUCUGCUCUAAUAGCUUGCAACUUAUCAAGUUAAUAUUCCACUUCUUAUUUUCUGCUAUAUUUUGAAUUGCGUUUUAUAUGAUACUAAUUACAGAACUUAAAGAAUAUGCCCCACAUAUGCUAAAAUGAUACUUCUCCAAAUCUAAAAUUCAUAUUCUUCAACAUGAAUCUGAUCACAGAGAACGUAAAUGUCACCAGUCAACCUGACACACACAUCUGUGAUACGUGGGAGAUUAGGGGUCAAAUCUUGGCAUGGUCACUGUUUAGGUAGAGUUAUAAUAUUAAUAAUAAUUCUCUGCGGUGGGCUGGCUGCCUGCCUGGGGUUUGUUUCCUGCCUUGCGCCCCGUGUUAGCUGGGAUUUUCUCCAGCAGACCCCCGUGACCCUGUAGUUAGGAUAUAGCGGGAUGGAUAAUGGAUGGAUGGAUAAUAAUUCUUUACAUUUAUAUAGUGCCUUUCUCACUAUUCAAAGAGCUUCAGUGAGUGGGGAGCCACUUCAACCACCACUAAUGGGCAGCACCCACCCAGAUGAUGCAAUGGCAGCCAUUUUUGCGCCAAUACCCCCAACCACACAUUAGCUGUUAGGUGGUGAGAGCGUCACACAGCAAGAAAACAUGGGAUGCCACCUGGUUUGCCCCGUUUAAUAUCCAAGGACACAAAAGAAAUAAAGAGAAAGCAACGCUCUUUGGCAUGAAACUCCCAUAGUGCGGGAUACAAAGCACAAAAAACAAAUAACGUUGGGCUGCUUAGCCAAGGUCAGAAGUUUUAGCGGAGUUUCAUCCUGCGGUUCGCUCAAGUCAGAAAUGACACCUCCAUCUUUAGGGUGGGCCUGGAGUUUUAGAUAGAUAGAUAGAUAGAUAGAUAGAUAGAUAGAUAGAUAGAUAGAUAGAUAGAUAGAUAGAUAGAUAGAUAGAUAGAUAGAUAGAUACUUUAUUAAUCCCAAGGGGAAAUUCACAUUAAUUUUUCAUAUUUUAUAGCGGCCGCACCAUAAGGGGCAGAGUCAGCUGACCUCGCCGGGUGGUUUCUCAGCACUGUGAAGAAAGAAGGAGAUGACAGUGUUAGUGAUAGUGCCCCCUCUCGUCCCGGUGGGAUAUUACAUACAGUACAGUCGUGGCCAAAAGUUUGGAGAAUGACCCAGGUGUUGGUUUUCACACUCCAAUAAUCUGCGCAUUAUGACAGACUGCCCAAAUGACACUGGAUUUCAUGACAGUCUGUGUCCAUGAGGAAAGGACGUGCCCUGUGAUGAAGCUGCUUCUCAACUUGAGCUUCUUGUAGCCAGAUGGAGCUUUUGAGAUGCAGGAAUUUCAAUUAGGAUAAAGCGUCUUUAGACAUCUUCUUGCGUUAUCGGGGUCUCCCAAUACAGACCAUGAGGUGUUAACAUUUGAGAGACCACAUCAACACAUGGAGUGUUGUGUGCAGUUCUGGUCACCCCGGUACAGUCGUGGCCAAAACUUUUGAGAAUGACCCAAGUGUUGGUUUUCACAAAGUUUGCUGCUUCGGUGUUUUUCAGUCUUUUUGUCAGAUGUUUCUAUGGUGUACUGAAGUAGAAUUUCAAGCAUUUCAUAAGUUUCAAAAGGCUUUUAUUGACAAUGACAUGAAGUUUAAGCAAAGACUCCAUAUUUGCAGGUCUUUUUCAAGACCUCUGUAAUUCGCCCUGGCAGGCUGGCAAUCAACUUCUGGGCCAAAUCCUGUCUGAUGGCAGCAGCCCAUUCUUGCAGAAUCAAUGCUUGGAGUUUGUCAGAAUUGGUGGGUUUAUGUUUGUCCACCCGCCUCUUGAGGAUUGACCACAAGUUCUCAAUGGGGAGUUUCCUGGCCAUGGACCCCGAAUGUUGAUGUUUUGUUCCCCGAUCUACCUAGUUCUCACUUUUGGCUUAUGGCCCGGUGCUCCAUCAUGCUGGAUUGUUCAUUGUUGGUCACCAAACUGUUCUUGGAUGGUUGGGAGAAGUUGCUCUCGGAGGAUGUUUUGGUCCCAUUCUUUAUUCAUGGCUGUGUGUGUGAGUGAGUGAACCCACUGCCUUGGCUGACAUGAGUGGUCUCAGGGUGCUCUACUGUUGGCCUGACACAGGACUGAUGGUAGCGCCGCUCACCUUUUCUUUUUUCCGGAUGCCCCAAACAAUCGGAAAGGGGAUUCAUCAGAGAAAAUGACUUGACCCCAGCAGUCCUCAGCAGUAUCAGCCUGUCCCUGAUGGCUUCUUUGCUGCCCUUCUUGACACCCACCAGGCCCUCCUCCAAAAGUCUUCACCUCACUCACACCUGCCUGCUGACAUUCCAGAGCCAGCUCUGCACUGGUGGUGCCCACAGCUCAAUCAACUUUAGGAGAUGCUCCUGGUGCUUGCAGGACCUUCUUGGGCGCCAUGAAGCCUUCACAACAGCAGUGGAAAUGGGUUUUUUUGGGAUUAAGUUCAUUUUAAUGGCAAAGUGGGACUUUGAAAUUAAGUGCAAUUCAUGUGAUCCCUCUUCAGAACAUUCCGGAGCAGAUGCAAAUUGCCAUCAUAAAAACGGAGGCAGCAAACUCUGUGAAAAUUCAUAUGUGUGUCAUUCUCAAAAGUUUUGUCCACGGCUGUACCUUGACUAGAGAAUGUAAGGAGGUCCUCUAACACGCAUGUGUGAGAUUAGUUAUUCCAAUAAAGAACUGUCAGAAAGAAAGAGGUGACGUCAUCAACGUAAGGUGCAAGUCAGGGACCAACCUGCGCAGGGCACACUGGCACAUACAGAACAAGUUUAGAAUCAUCCAGUAAUGCAACCUUUGCAGGGCCAGCUCUACCAUUCUAGGGGAACUAGGAACCAAGGGUGGCAAAAUUUGGGAUGGUGGGGGGCAGGCAGCAUUUUUUAAAGAAUUCCGACUCUGACUUACAAACACUUGGACUCGAGGCAACUGUCCAGUUCCCAUUAACCUGAUUAUAUUCUUUUCUAUUAUUUUUUACAUUCUAGAGAAGUUUGGUCUUAACAUCUGCCGGCCUACCAAACUUGACUUACCUUCCAAAUCUGGAUGCACCAUCCUCAGGUUCUCAGAGGUUCUCUUAACAAGAAACAGCCUUGUUUCUUUAUUUUCUUUAGGAGCAGGUUUGUAUUUGUAGUUCUGUCGAAAAACAUGGUUUGGCAAAAACCAUAGGCCACCACAUCGCUAAUAAUAAUAAGUAAAAUAAAAUGAAAUGAUCGAAACGGCAACAGUGCCGCAGCUCUUGACUGCAUUGCUGAAGACUGAUUUAAUCCAAACUAUAAUCAUCUCCAUAAUGAGCUUACAUUAAAAAAUGUGUUACAACCUGGCAAAUAUCGUGUUCCGUUGUUCAACACCAUCUAUGACAUUCGCUCUUGCCAGGCUUAAAAAGUUCUCCAUAGCCCAACUCUCACUGGAAAAUCUCUCAGAGAUCAUGAAUUGAUUGGUUAGAUAUAUUGCAUUAUUUGCAUAUGUUAGCAAGGAUAUGGUAAAUGGGAGUACUGAGCAAAUGUUUAAAGGUAAUCAUUAUACUUCAGUUUCAUUGAUUGUUUGAUUAUAUUAAGCUUGUCAAUGCAUUUCAAUAACCUCAAUGAAAAAGAUAUGUUGUAAAAAGACAAGGGUUCAACAGAGAAAAUGUUGAGGAGUCGGCCGUCAAACCCCGUUUAAUAGAGUUGGUUAUUUUUAGUAAGCAAAUAAACAGACACAUGCAGGUGCAAA